ACGCCCAUCAUAUCCGACAUUAAGCCCUUUGUCGCCAUCGCCGCUGCUCUCGGGCUCAACCCAGCAUAGCAAGCCCUCUACUGAGAGUUUCCGAGCGAACAAUUCAUUUCACAUACACACACACAUAAGUGCUCGUCAGCGAGAAUAUCAUGAGCUCAGCGCCCGCAGCCCCCACGCCCACAUAUCCCCGGGCUCCAUCGCCAUACUUCUUCCGCAGACGCACACUCGGGCGCGCACCGUCUCCGCCGACAUGGGCCUGCUACGAGCAGAUCAACUCGGACUACGGCGGCGAGUUCAGCUGCUCUGACUCAGACUCGUGUGACGACGACGACGACGACGAUGAGUGUGCGCACGACCACAAGCACGACGAUGACGACGAUGACGAUGAGCACUCGUGCUCCGAGGACGGAGAGGACUACGUGGCCGUCGGCCAUGGCGCAACAGACGUAGAGAGCAUGGACGUCGACGAAGCCGGUGACGCUGAGAAGAAGGCCCAUGAGCGCGUCAAGGCCAAGAACAAGGGCAAGCAGCGUGCUGUCGAGCCUGAGCAGGACGUCCUCCGCUCUCCCAGCGGACGCGCAGCUCGGCGCCGCGAGAAGCAGAGACGCCAUCCCGUCAUCACCCUCCGUCCGAUCCUGACCAUUCAGAAGAGCCAGGGCUUUGUCUGGAACCAAGAUCUAUUUGUCCCGCCAUACAUCAAGGACCGAUACAUAGCCUCGACUUCACCUCCCAACUCCAUGGGCUUCAUCUCCACCUCCGCAUCUUCUGCCAACACCUCGUACAAUGAAUAUGAAGUCGAAGUCGUCGAGAUUCGUGUGCGUGAGGGAGAGCUGGAAGACAUUAUUCCCUGAGUGUUCAUUAUUACUCGCCCAUCCAUUCACUCCUCUCGCUACGCCAAUCUGUGUGCUCCUCUUUUACGUAGACCUCCGUUUUCAUCCCAUCUCCAUCCCCUCUUCGCAUUCUCCGUCUGCUUUCAUGCUUUGUAUUCCCGUACAAGUAAAUACAUUCUUAUCUCUCUCUUCAUGUCGCCUUACGUUUCCUGGUAUGUACGAUGCACGUUUUAGCUUUACUGAGGAUCCUAGUUCGUUUACAGUAUCAAGAAAUCAGAAUUCGCCAAUUUAUUUUUUAC